AUGGAGGACAAGGGUCGACCGACUCGCAACAUACCGAUAGUCCAAGUGCAGCGUCGCAAACGCCCUGGCAAGGGGCCCGAACCAUCUGACGUGAUCGCGGCGCUCGAGACCUUGAAGCUGUCGACUCACGCGCAACUCCAGUCUCUUGCCGAGGAGCAUGAAAAGCUCAAAGCCCGGGACACCGCACUGGAGGCGGUGGUGCUGUGCCUGGAGGGCCUGAUUGCAGCAACGCGCCCGUUGCGCGCAUGCUCGUCUGCGACGGGAGCCGCAGAUGAAAACGAGGACAGUGUCCUGCAGGGCUGGACCGAGUUGCGCGACGAAUGGCAUCGUCUGAAGACAUCAGGCGCCGCAGUGCCCAGCGCAACGCCGGAAGUGGACACACCAGCGGGCACAUCGGGCAGCGGCGGGGCCCCUGUAGAGGAGGCUGCCGUUGCCCCCAUCAUGUCUGGCGGCGGCGGCAGUGGCAGCAGCGGCAAGCGGUUCGAUCACCGCGGUAAUUGUGGACAUGAGGGCGGCCCCGGCGGCGACGAGGCCUGCAGCCGCCGCUCGCUCUGCUGCGCCGCCACCUGCAACAGCUGCGGCGGCCUCGCGGGCGACAAGGCCGCGGGCCACACGAACAGCAGCAGCGGCGGCGGCAGCUCCGCGGCCGCGCCCACCUGGGCGCGUCACAUGGAACUCUCCGACGGCGCGGCGGCCGCCCUCGAGCGGUACAGGCAGUACGACGUCGCCGCCAUCGCAGUCCGCCUUCAGCAGUACGUCCAUCGGUCGUCCGUCGACCUGUACCGCCUCCAGGCGGGCGCGCAGGACGCGGCGGCGACGGCGCGCCUGGAGGAGCAGCUGGCGAAGCUCAUGGCGCUGAGCGCCGCGCUGCUGGUGGCCAAGCCCCAGCUGCUGGGGGAGGUCAGCCUCUACAGGCUCGACACCCUGGCGCCGAUCACGGCGGGGGAGGGCCCGUCGCCGGAGCACUGGGCGUUCGUGGUCAAGCAGGCGAAGUUCUCGCGGCAUCAGGGGCUGGCCGUGGCGGAGCUGAUGGCCGUCUACAAGGCGCGCCUUGCCGUCCUGCUGCCGCGGCGCGAGGAGCUGGUGCGGCUGCAGGGGGAGCACGCGGAGGACGGCGACGCACAGCGGGAGCUUGUGGCGGACCUGGAGCAGUGGCAGGCGGAGUGCGCGCGCCGCGCGGCCGUCGACCGGUCGGCACGCCUGGCGAGUUGA